ACGCGAUUGGUUAAAUAGAUUGUCGCCUCUAAUUUAAUCAAAUAUUUGAACAAUCGUGCUAAAUAAAGUGUUUGGUCAAAUUUCCAAAUCUUAUAUUGAAAUUGAAAUGUGCUAGGAUAAGUAAAAAAAGUUGAUAUAAAUAUAUACAUACACAUAUGUGAAUAGCAAUAGCGCAGAACAUAUGAGAUUGUAAUUUCAUGUCAUUUAAGUGAAAGUGGACUUUCAUUUUGUUGUAACAGCCGAUGAGUUUGAUAGUGAAGGGAUAAAAUACAUUCAAAUAGGACCAGAUUCACAAGUCAUUGUAAAAUUGGACGCUUUUUUAGCAACGGGGAUGCUAUUGUAUUAAGUUUUACAUGGAAUACCGUGGAACUAUGAUUCAUUUGAUGCCAAGUUAUUCGUCUGUUUACCGUGGUGAAAACGGUACAAACUUUUAUCCGGGUAACUCAUCUUUGUACAUUAGCGAGAACAUACCAGGGCACCAUGCCGAGCAGCUUCCAUCCGGUGCUCCCCAUUCCUCAUUUCUCAUUGAUGACAUUCUGGGAAAGAAAGAGCGGGAACGAGACGCUGAGAGGGGCCGAAUGGAACAAAGUCAUCGAGAACAAAGUCAUCGAGAACAAAGCCGAGAACAAGAACGAAGCCGUGAUUUAGGAGAAAGAAUACGUUACCACGAGUCCGAUGUUGAGCCAGAACGCCAAAACAGAUAUCGCGAGACUGAAAGAGACUCUGAAAGUAUAAGAGAACGUGAAAUGGACAAAGAAACGGAAAGACACGUUAUUGAAAGCCGUAAAAUGAAUGUUCUCAAGGAAAGUAGUGUUAGAGACGUUGAACUACGCGACCGUGAAAAAGAACGUGAAUCUAUAAACGAAAGAAAUAGAAUACGUGAAAGUGAAAGAGAAAGACUUGUUGAACAAGACAGAGAAAUAAGGAACAGUCGAAAUACACAUUUAUUACAUGCCACAGCGACAAAAUCGUUGUCAUCUCCCCCAAUUACUGCAACCUCUAUUUUACCGUCGGAUAUCCCGCGUCCAACGCCAAUAAACCCUGCUGCAAUACACACAAGUGCUUUAACAACGCCGACGUUGUACAAACCUUUGCCAACUUUGUACGAACCUAUUUUACAACAGGCAUACAUGAACCCUCAUUUGUCCACAUACCAGUCGUCGUUAAUGCGGCAAAUGUGUGGAGGUAUAGGGACACUUGGUGCACUUCCGGGCUAUAACCGACAUGAGUAUCCUGCCAUAUUUGACGGCCAAUGUAGUCCGUUUUCAAAAGUGUACCAUAACCGUCCAUUCUUCUGGCAUCCAUUCUUACAACGACCAAUGCAAAAGAGAAAAGGUGGACAAGUUCGAUUUUCAAACGACCAAACAAUAGAUCUUGAAAAGAAGUUCGAGUCCCAAAAAUAUCUGUCGCCACCAGAACGUAAAAGACUUGCGAAAACUUUACAGCUGACAGAACGGCAAGUUAAAACUUGGUUUCAAAAUCGGCGAGCAAAAUGGAGGCGUUUGAAACAGGAAUCUCCAACACCAGAGGACAGAAACGGCGAGGACCAAUCAGAAGCGUCGAGACAUAAUGAGGAUGAUGACAUGGAAAAUGAUCUGUCUUCCGAUGAAAAUGAUUGUGAUAUAAUGGACGGAGAUGACGUCAUUGACGUCGGACAAGAAUAGAAUUAUUACUACACUAAACGUUAAACAGUGCAUUGAGCUUUGUGAAAUAAAAAAUGGUGUAAAAAUGAAAUUUUAAAAGGAGGAGGCCGUAUAAACUUUAUGUGGAAAGGUGUAACAUUUCUUUUUAAAGAGGAAUAAUUAGAGAAAUAAACAAUGGCACAGUUGCAGGAAAUGUCACCGCCUAUAUUGUCAUGUGAUUUUUUGAGAACAUUUCUUUUUGAAGAAAAUUUCAUAUAUGAUUUCUUUUUAUAUACACAUAAAUGUAUUACAUGCAAUAUUUUUAAUAUUUUAUUUUUCUUUAAACCAAAUAAUAAUAAAAUAAACAACACCACCAAUAACAACAAAAACAUGAAUUCUUGAAUUACGUGUCUCAUCUAUUAUAGUAACUGUUGCAGUUUAUGGUUUCAUUCAUUUAUUCAUGAAAUAAACUUCAUGUUAUUUAUAUCGUUUAAACUUAUUUAAAUACAUGUACGGUAUGAAUCAAAAGGCAUUCAGUGUAAAAAAUAUGCAUAUUUUGCACGUGCACUUUGUACUUUAUUCAUACUGUAAGUAAACUAUUUUAAUAUUUAAUUUAUGUGCUAUAAUUAUGUUUAACAAACUUUACAACGAUUAAAGCAAUAAAUAUGUAACUAUUUUUGUACAAAUAAAAACCAAAUAUUAAAAGUAUGUUUUAA